AAUGGCGAAUGUUUCACCUGACAGUGGUUCUGUUGAUGAAAUCAAAGAUCUUCUCACUUGCUCAUUGUGCUCAAAUAUUUUACAUGAUCCAAAAAGCUUGACUUGUCUUCAUAAUUUCUGUAAAGGAUGCUUAGAAAAGUAUGUUGAACGUCUUCGUGGUGGUGACCAAAACAUUGAGACAUUUCCAUGCCCUAAAUGUCGCUUAGAGUUUACCUUUAAAUCACAUCAAGAUUUGGCUGAAAUGACAAGUAAUUGUUUCAUCAAGAAUUUGCUGGAUAUUUUGGAGAUUCAACAGAGAGCCAAAAGUUCUACUGAAUGUUUCCGCUGCAAAGAUCCUGCCAUCAAACACUGUUCAUCAUGCAAAAUCUUCAUGUGUGACAAAUGUUCAGAAUCGCAUGACAUAUGGCCAGCUCAUAAACACCACAAUGUACUAUCUGUAAAAGAACUAAGUUGUCCUAAAAGUCAAAUAAAAAUGAGAAGGAAGCCUCACUGCAUAAAACAUACAGAUAAAGUGCUGGAUUAUUUCUGUAAAAGUUGUAAGGAACUUUGCUGUAUUGACUGUGUUGUAUUAAAUCAUCAGAAAUCCAAUCAUUUGUGCGUGGCUAUGAGUGAAGUUGCACAGAAACAAAAAGAAACAUUGCAAUCAAGCUGCUCGACGCUUGAUAAGAAAUUAUCAGAAGCAACCGAAGCUUUGACUAAUAUUGAAAGUGCAAUCAGGUCUCUUGAAGAAAAUGCAAAAACUGCAAAAGAUAAGAUCAAAGAACAGAAGGAAAAAGUUUUGAAGAUUGUGACCAAAAAAGUUGAUGAGAGAACAAAGAAAAUGAAUGAAGAAGUGGACAAGACUUAUGAUGAAUUACACAGUGAACUAAACAAACAACAUGAUGAAAUUAAAGAUUAUCGUGACAAACUACAAGCUUCAAUGCCCUUGCCUAAAAGUCUCCUGAAGAGGGGGAGUAUUGAAGAAAUUCUUUCCUUGCAAAAAUUGAUUGAUGGAAGUAUUGAAAAGUUGCGAAAAGAAAAGCCUGAGGAUCUAACAGCAGUCAAUGAUGGCGAUAUUCAGCAUGUACCUGGUGAUAUUAAUAAUAUCAAUGUUGAUGAAGUUGUUGAUAAGUUGGGACAUAUUGAAGGAUAUACACGUAGUGUACAUUUCAAUUUAACAAAUUCGUCCAGUAUUUUGAAAGGAGAGAUUGUCUGCAUUAAACAACUUCAGAAAUGGUUGGGAAAGAAAUGCAACUGGAAUCUUUGUUACCGUGCUUCAAGAGAUGGUUGGAGAGCCAAAGAUUUUCACAGUCAUUGUGACAAUAAAAGACGGACUGUGGUUUUGGUGAAGGCCAAUAAUUGUAUCUUUGGUGGAUACGCUGACGUAAGCUGGCAAGGUGUGUAA